UCUCUCUCUCUCUCUCGCGCGCGCGCGCGCACGCGAUUAUCUACAACGAUUCGCGCAUCGUCUCGUGCAUGAAAAAGCGCUCUGUCCUUUUCCUCCUAAUCUCCACUCGGCUCUCCCACUAGUGCGGCUCUUGUACGGGAAUUUGUGUUCUGCUCCUACAGAAGGAAGGGGCAUCGCGUGCGCGGAUGGUGUGUCUGGUUCCGAUGAUGAUGCUCGACCCGAACGCGCGGACGUGUGCGCUCUGCGCUUCCAAGAAUGCCGCACCGGGAAAUCCCCUUCGCGGUGUCUUCUAUUGCGGAAGAUGCAGCUCGCGAGAGGAGGAUAAAACGAACUCUUCGCGAGAAUUCGUUUGUGGACUAGAUAGUCGCGAGCGACGUAGUUCGACUGAUGCGCAUACGGCAGGGCGGUUUAUGAUUUGUGUGCGGCUAUAUAGAAAGAGGAUUUUCCGCCGAGCUCGGAGUAUAUAAAAGAGCAUAAUAUAUCGGAUACGCGCACUUGAAUUUUAAUUAAGCAGGCUUUGUCUUUUCUUAUUGCGAGGAUUAUUACUCACGCUGAGUAAGUAUAUGGCUUGCGCUUUCGCACAUGUAAUGUGUGUGUGUGUGUGUGUGUGUGUGUGUGCGUGCCGCGCACAUUAGUAUAUUAUAUAAGGGAUUCAGAUUUUUCAAAAUUACGGAUCAACACGGUUCGUUAUCGAUGAACUAGUGCAUACGCAAUGUACGCGUACGUCAAACGCGUCGAGUUGAUUGGACCCUUCUCAGCGUGGCGGAUAUAUUCAACUUUUUAUGUAAACGUUAUAAUUCUUUUACGGAUAUCUUAUACUAACAUUUUUCAAUUGGUUAUUUCGAUGUUAGGGUGUACGUGACAGUUUUAUAUUUUUCAUAAUGCGCGCUCAAGUUGACCAAGUUCCAACAACCGCCUGGCUCUGAAACUAUAUUCAUCAAGGCAUAUGCAGUUGUACUUUUUUCUCAUUUUCGUGCGUUUUUCUCUUCAUAUCAUCAUUUAUAUGUUACUCACAUAGUGACUUAGUGGGAUAUACAUUUAAGCAAUCACUAUUACAUAUCUGUGCGGCUGACAGGCAAAACGGCAAAAGUCCACUUUUCGUGCUUCAGAGGAAAAGCGGUUUUAAUGUUCUGACUUGUAAGAUCGGAACAAACGAGAUGGCCACCGGGUUAUACAUUAGCUGCUUUGUGCAAUUUCGAAAUUUUGAAAAGAAUCGAAUUAUGUCUGUAUAUGCUGAAACGAAACCAAGAAUAUAAACAAACCGGCAGAAAAAGUUGGAUCACGAAUGCUAUCGUUAAUUUUAUAUAAAUUAUGGCAAUGGAUAUCUCGAUAAUGAAAAACUUAAAUGUGAAUGACAAAACGUAUACUAAAACUUUAGACAAGGUCAUUAAAGAUGCCGAAAUUAGAUAUAAUUUAUCAGCCUAGUUGAAAAAAUGCUAACAAUCCUAAAAAGCUAUGGGAAAUCAUAAACAAAGGAAUAGGUAAACAAAAUCCAAUGAUAAUGCCUUAAAUUAUAAAGAGAUCAAUGAUAACAAAAUUACAGACAAAAUAGAAAUAUCAGAAAAUAUGAACAAAUUUUCCUGUGAGUAUAGAUAGGACGUAAAUUGAGUGAUAACUCAAACUGCCCGAGAUGAAUCCUAAGUCUAUUUUUCUCAAACCUACUAAUUCGAAAGAAGUUAAAACUAUAAUCAGUAAUUUGAAAUGCAAAAAUGGUGGCGUUGACAAAAUCAAUGCCAAGACGCUAAAAGCAAUUUGCAACUACAUUGCAAACAAACCGCAAUAACACCGAUACACAAAUCUGGUAAAAGACAUAGCAUAACUAAUUAUCGACCAAUCUCCCUUAUAUCAAAUAUUGCUAAGAUUUUCGAGAGAAUUAUUUUUAAUCGAAUAUAUAUGAUUUGUAGAAGAAAACAAUAUAAUAUCCAAGCAACAAUUUGGUUUUAUGAGGAAGAUCGGUACAAAAAAUGCUCUAAAUAGUUUAAUGAACAUGCUAUACAAUAAUGUGGAUCAACGAAUACCAACAAUCGUAACCUUUCUGGAUUUGGCGAAAGCUUUCGAUACUGUUGACCAACGUAGGCACCGUAUAUUAUUGGACAAACUGCAUUGUAUAGGGACCAGAGACCAGGCGUUGAUCACCUUGCAAGCUAUCUAAAUAAUAGACGUCAAAGAGUAAAAACAGAUGGAAAGGAGAGCGAAUUCUUAUUAGUAAAUACAGGUGUACCACAGGGUACUAUUCUAGGACCAUCACUGUUGUGAGCACUCAAUAAAUUACCAUUGAAUAUAGAUAAAACAGUCUGUAUGACUUUCGGCAGCUAUGUUGAUAGCGUACGAGCACAAACAAAUAUUAAAAUAAGAGACAAAACUGUUACCUGAGUUGAAAGCGUUAAAUAUUUAGGGAUUGUCAUAGAUUACAAUUUAAAAUGAAACAAACGCACCCAAUACUUAGUCAAAAAAACAAAAUAUCUUGUAAUAUAUAUUUUAUAAAAUUGCUAGAACAAUGACAGUCGGAACUCUUCGUAUGAUUUAUUAUGCUUUCUUUCAUAGCAUAAUAAGUUAUGGAAUCAUAGCUUGGGGAGGCGUAUAUAGAAAUAAUCUAGAUAUUCUACAGAACUUACAAAAAAAAAGUACUAAAAAUAGUAAAUAAAAAAAAUGUUAUAGUUCAAGAAAAUUCUCUAAAUAUUGAACAACUAUUCUGUUUUGAAGCAUUGAAACUACACUAUGAUGACCUUAAAAUGCAAUUUCUUACAUCGGAUAGCGUAACUAGGAACACAAGUAUUAUUAUACCCAAAAACAAGAAAAGAAUUAGCGAUAAGAAUAGUUUUAAAAAGCCAUAGUAAUUUUCAAUGCUCUACCAAAUAAGCUAAAAACUGUAAAUAUAGAAAAAUAUGUGCAAAUGAAAAUGAUUAAAAACUGGAUAAAACUCAACUGUUAGUAGUUAGAUUGAGAUGCUGUAUAUAUAACAUACAUUAUCGAAGUCACGGUAACGUCUACAUAUAUAGUAUUUACUCAACGUGAUCUCAACAAUAUAUACUAGUUACAUUGUUUUUUGAUGAAAAUGAUACAAAUUUGUAUUUUGUUUUUUAGAUUGUAAGUAUUUAGUUAUAAGUACGUUAUUUUUAUUUGUAAUUUUAUAUUCUUGUAUAUCCCAGUCCUGCGAUCGUACGUUGUACGACUAAUACUCUAUAAAUCUUUUCAUAACAGCGUACGCGGAGCUCGACUUUAGAGUCAUUUGUUUUGGCGCUAAAGUCAUCGACUUAGGCCCGAUCAGAAAUUACAAUCCGGUUGCCGGACCGGAACAUAAGGGCCUGAUCAGGGGGAGUUAUAGAACAUCUUCAGGUACCUUAACAAUGUGUAAUACGGUAAAGCAUAUGGCCCUUAUCAGGUACCCUUAUUUGCAAAAGAAAAGGUGAGAGGGGAGAAUUGCUCCGGAAUGGAGCCGUAACAGUGCCUGUACUUUUACUGAAGUAAGGCGUGUAUCUAGGAAUUUCUCAUAACCUGAAAAAAAAACAUAUGUAUUUCGGCUAGAGGUAAAACUAAAAUAAUUGUUUAACAUUUAGUUAAUACUUAUUUAUAAAACAAGAUGAGUGAAAUAAUUAGAGCGCAAAUAUGCAAUAAAUGGCGAGUUCGAGCAUUUCGAACGAGAAAAAGAAUACUGAGUCUGAGAAUAUCAAUCGUGAUCAUUUUUAUAAAAAGGAAACUAAAACUAAUGAUAUUGCGUGUGCAGAAGUUGUAGUUGAUAAUAUUAAUAUUCCUCCAUACAACGAACCCACAAAAGUUUCAGUGUCUAUAAUAAAGGAAACUCCAAUCGAAGAACUCGUUCCAGUAGAGAAUGAAUUGUCUAGUAUUGCUGUCAACAAUAAUUCAACGAUUAUUGCUGGUGAUGGCAUUUCAACUAUUAUUGUUGACGACGACAAUUCAACUAGUAUUGCUCAUCAUGAAAAGACUUCAACUAGUAUUGUUAAUGAUAACAAUUUCAUCACCGCUGAAAAUCCAAAUCAAGAAAAAACUAUUGGGGAUAAUUCUGCAAUGCCAAUGUCCAGCAACAUAAUGGAAGUUAUUCAAAACAUUGUAAAAAAGGAAAUGGAUAACGCAGUCCAAUGCAUAAAAAAUCACACCGAUCAGCAAUUCAAGCAACUAGGAACUAUAGUCACAAAUAUAGGUAAAGAUUUAGAUCAAGUUAAAGUGCUGCUAACGGAAAGAAGGCCAUUAAUGGAGCAAGAAAAUAUCAUGUCGUAUCAUACAUUUAAGGAGACCUAUUCGCAGUAUAAAUUCCCUUUACAAUCCAUAGCUGAAUUUACAGAUUUCAACAACGACAUAAAAGAAAAUUCUGAUUUGAAACAGGAUUUAAAAAAAGUUCUCUAUUCCAACAUCAAUACUGAAAACAGUAUUAAAGUCAAUUUGACUACAAUCCUUAAGAACUUUGCAUCCGGUGCACUCAUUACACAGCAUACGGCUCAGAAAGAAGUGCAGAAAAAACCUGUUUUGAGCUCAACUAUGCUAUUCAAAUGCAUAGAAGGUGCAAUAUUGGAAUGUUAUAAAGAGGCGUUCAAGUUACAAAAUAAGGUUUUUAAUGCUGAUGCUAACUUGGUUCCAAAGGCAUUGGGUGCAGUAAUAAAUUGUGCUGCUGAUUGGGAUGGAAAACGUCAAAAACGUACCAAGAGGAGCAGAAGAGACUCUCAUGCUGAUGAUUUAGAAGAAUAAUAGUGUUCAGAUAUUUAAACUUGUACUGUAUUGUUUGUUUAUUUUCGACGUUUAUACAAUUAAUGUAUGCCAAAUGUAAUGUAUUUAAAAUAAAUAUAAGAAAUUGGAAAAUUAAA